AUGGAAGGCUCCAAUGGCUUUGGGAUCGACUCCAUUCUCUCCCACCGCGCGGGCAGCCCCGCCCUUCCCAAGGGGGACCCCUUGCUUGGGGACUGCCGCUCGCCCCUGGAGCUGAGUCCACGCUCAGAGAGCAGCAGCGACUGCUCUUCGCCAGCCUCUCCAGGAAGGGACUGUCUGGAGACAGGCACCCCGCGGCCUGGUGGGGCAUCCGGCCCAGGUUUGGACUCUCAUCUGCAGCCCGGGCAGCUCUCAGUCCCGGCCCAGUCGCGCACCGUCACCUCCUCCUUUCUGAUCAGGGACAUCCUUGCCGACUGCAAACCACUCGCGGCCUGUGCACCCUAUUCUAGCAGCGGGCAGCCGGCGGCCCCUGAGCCUGGGGGCCGCCUUGCGGCCAAGGCCGGGGAGGACUUUAGAGACAAGCUGGACAAAAGUGGCAGCAACGCCUCAUCGGAUUCUGAGUAUAAAGUGAAGGAGGAGGGUGACCGCGAGAUCUCCAGCUCGAGGGACAGUCCCCCGGUGCGCCUGAAAAAGCCACGCAAGGCGCGCACGGCCUUCACCGACCAUCAGUUGGCGCAGCUGGAGCGCAGCUUCGAGCGGCAGAAGUACCUGAGCGUGCAGGACCGCAUGGAGCUCGCCGCCUCGCUCAACCUCACCGACACGCAGGUCAAGACCUGGUACCAGAACCGCAGGACUAAAUGGAAGCGACAGACGGCCGUCGGGUUGGAGCUGCUGGCGGAGGCAGGCAAUUACUCAGCGCUCCAGCGGAUGUUCCCGUCGCCUUAUUUCUACCCGCAGAGUCUAGUUUCCAACCUGGACCCCGGCGCCGCGCUCUACCUGUACCGCGGCCCCAGCGCGCCGCCGCCGGCCCUGCAGAGACCGCUGGUGCCCCGCAUCCUCAUCCACGGACUCCAGGGCGCCGGCGAGCCGCCCCCGCCGCUGCCCCCGCUGGCCGGCGUCCUCCCGCGCGCCGCGCAGCCCCGGUGA